GACCGUAAGAGAGAAAGAGAUUCGUAUUCUCCGAGAUAUGAGCCCAGGAAAAAUGAACAUAGAUCUGGAAAUCGCGAUCGUAGCCCGCGGAGAACAGAUUCGUAUAGAGGCGACCACAGAGAAAGAGACCAUUACCGAGGCCAAUAUAGAGAACGCAGGGAUAUCCGAGAGAGAGAAAUACCCGACUCACCGUCUUCCAGAGAUCUGUCUAUGGCGAGAGAAAAACUUACAGAAACAAGUAAAAAGGAAGAGUAUUCCAAGAAUGAGUUGCAAAAGAAGAUAAAAGAAUUAUCUCAGCAAUUGUCUGCUUUGAAUGAUGUAGAGUCAAUUGAAGAUAAGACAGUCAUAGACUCACGUUGGGGAGUUAAGCCCAAAGGUUUUGAAGAAGUUACAGCGCAAAGAGCAAAGCUUUCUGGAUUAUUCCCUUUGCCUGGAUAUCCGAGACCGGUAGAUUUCACUAAGUUAGAGGGUAUGGUUAAAGACAGAUCAAACAACAAGAACGACAUCUUGUUUGAAAUGUCUCAUAUUGACCCUGUAGAUGCUAAAAGUUCUAGACUUUUGAUUCUCCAUGGUGUCGACUUUGACAAAAUAAACCACUUGAAGGUGGUUGACUACCUUAACAGCUACUUGAAAAAGAUAGAUAUUGAAGAAACUUCUUUAUCCAACAACAUUGACGACAAAAGAAAAACAAAAGAUGACAAGAGUUUGAUCGUAGAGUUCCACAAUAGUACUUGUUGUACUAUUAUAUCAUCGCUAGUAAAACUUCAGCUCAAAUUUAAUGAGUUCAAGGACGAUGCAGAGCUUGCUCAUCACGAAGAGGAGACGUUUACAAUUAAGUUUGAAAGGCCCAACGAAUACGUGGUUCAAACUUUACCUCCUUAUACCAAACAAGAUGAAGACAUAAAAGAGAAAGUAGUUGAUUCACCGAGAAAAAUUACCCUAAAGUUUUCGCCUGAAACCACUGAAACACAAAUAAUUACUGAAUUGAAUCUUUAUUCGCCAGUAAGAGCCUUCCAAAUGUUCAGAGAAGUUGGUACCAAAGUAUCGUUGGGUAUGGCAUUUGUUGAAUUUUUCAUUGAUCCGGCCUCCUACAAGCACACCGAUCAAGUUAUUGAAAGACUCCAAGAACUACUUCAAAAGCUUGAUCAGUCUCAAAUAAUCGACGAAGCAUUCUUUUCGUGUAUUAUUCCACACAAAACGAGUAUCCAAGAUUGCCAAAUCAACUUUGAUAGUUUGAAACACUUGGUGAGAAACGAGAAUGUGUCCACACAUCCUAAGCUGAGAGUUAUUCAGUUGCUCAAUGUUGUUACUCCGAAAGAUUUAGUCGAAGAUUCCAAUUACCAGUUUAUAUUGAAAGAUAUUAAAAGAGAAGCUUCACGAAUUGGAACUGUGGUAUCAAUCAAGAUUCCCAGACCUGCCAAUGAAUUCACGCCAGGUUUGGCACAAUUCAGUGUUCCUGGUCUAGGCAAAGUGUUCAUCGAAUUUGAAGACGAAGAAGUGGCUUUUAGAGCUAUCAUGGAGUUAGCUGGAAGGCUGUAUAACGACCGCUGUGUUAUCUGUGCUUUCUACAAUGUCGACGACUACAGAAUGGGAUUGUACUAG